AUGUUCUCGCCGCUGGCAUUUCCCACUGGAUUGAUUCUCUACGACCUUGCGUUUUCGGUCCCUCCAACCUCGCACCUCGAACUGUUCCCCUUUGAAAUAUACAGAGAGCCAUUGGUAGUUAUUGCGAUAGCUGAUGGAAAGGAGCUGCCAGCGAGCACUGGCGAGAAACAGAAGCAUCCGACCCCCGAAGGCCUUGAUCAAUUGCUGGAAGACUUAGGCGGGGUGAGGGAGAGGAAUCCGCGAGCAUUGGUGAACCAACUAUUGGUAUUCGACUAUGAGGGCUUGGACAAGGUUACAAACGGCCCAGAAAAUGUCCUUUGGGUCCCUCCGCCACAAGCAUCCAAAGCUACUACGAUGAAGACCGUUCUUUGCGAUGUGACCGCAGUCCUGCUCGCUGAACUGGACGAGUUUGCGAAGACCAUCCAAGCGAUCCCGUCAAUUGAAUCACCCAAGGCGUUUUCUUGGGGUCCACAUCGCAACCCGGAGCUGAGGCCGCGGCCGGUAGACCGGCUACUGAAUCGAAUGACACUCCCCGCACAGCUACCUUCGAGCCCGAGUGGCGGCCAAGACACGCCCUUGAGCUCCAAUGGUAGCUCUCCGGCUCCUAGUGACCAUGAAACUCCCACCACAUUUGACGAGAUCACCCGUUCAAUCCACCUGACCAGCCGCACAAACUCUGGCAGCAGAACUCCGUCAAUAGCGUCCGCGAAAGAGCAUAGCCGCGACCGGAUGUUUGUUAGCAACAUGAGUGCUACAGAUAGGACCAAAAAUCGGAUCCGAGGCCGUGCCGGGGUGGUGAUUGGUACACUGUUUCUGCAGGCAGGAAGGUGGCCAGAUGCCUUGAAAGAAUUAACGGAGGCGGUUAACAAUGCCCGAGCAAGCAGUGAUUACAUCUGGCACGUCAAAGCUCUGGAAACAAUUCUUCUUUGUUUGAUCAUGUUCGGCUGGGCAGGAAUGGACUUCCAGAUUCCAUCAGUUCUCUACCCAGUUGCCGAUAAGUCUUCAAAGCCGUCUAGAGACUCAGUUACUCCCAGCAGCACUGGUAACCGAGUCGUAUCCUUGCAUAACUUGGCCAACCUCUUGCCAGACCUGUCAAACAAUAUCCUGAAUCUCUAUACCCGCGCCGCCAAUAUUACAGACGAGCCCUUACCUCAACUGGUAUUCUCAGAAACGGUCAUCCGGUUGGCCGGAUUGAUGGUUUCAGCUCGUGUGCGUGACGGGGCUUUAGAUGACAAUGCUCUUAAGCACAUCGUGAUGAACGAAACUUUGGUCCCCUUGCUCCAACCAGAACUUCCUCGCGGGACCGUGUUGCUUCGAAAGGCUGAAAUUGCCAACUUUUUAUACCGGGCUUUGCCGCUGGCUCCAGGCGCAGAUCUGCCUGCUACCGAUGCCGUUCCUAUCAUUGUUGGCGUCGUGUCUGUUUUGAACACCCUUGACUUGCCUAGGAAGAAAGCAUUUAUUUUACGCGAACUUCUUUCUGUGAUGGUACCAAGUCUGGUCCAGGCGCGCAAAAUUGGUGCCGCAGAGGUCGGUAUACACCCAGCUGCUGGGUUGGCGUCUCUUAGCGAUACAGCAUUUGAUGUCAACGCCCUUGACACGGGUUCUGGAAACAUGGAGAGCAGCGUGCGUUACCUCCUGGCGACCAUUGGAGAAAUCUAUGGUGUACAGCCUUCUUCUUUCUAUGAAUGGGAGAAAAGAACCAGCCAAUCUUCCGCAGUCAGUGGAUUGCAGGAAGGAAGUGAAUAUGACUCUGUGUCUAGCAUUGCCGAACGGGCCUUCAGACAUGUAAUUUUGGAUCGAUAUGGCGAUCUGAAUUUGAAAAUAGAUGUUCUGAAAGCCUGCAUAAACUGCUGCGAAGCACUUCCUGACUUCAAUGGAGUUCUUCGCUUCACCGUUGAGCUCUUGCAGACCAUCCGGGGAGAUAUCAUGCUAGGAGAUGGAUACCGAAACCCGCCAUAUCUCCCACAAGACGAGCAAGUCCGUCUUUUGAACAACAUCAAGCGAACAGUAGGUGCCGGAUCCAGAUUGGGUGCUUCGGAAAUGGUCGCCGAAUACUGGGAUGAUUUCCUGGUACGCGAUGUUCAGUCACUGGCACUCCCAGACCCCAAGAGACCCAUGAGGCGGACCAAGGCCGAAUUGAGCACAGCCACGACAACUUCCAAAACAACGAAGAAAUAUCCAUUCCUGUACAAUCCCUUUGCAAAGGCCAACAGCAAGGCAUUGGAAAUAAUUACAGUGGCUGAUGAGCCUGCGUCUUACCGAGUCACUCUCCAGAACCCAUAUGAAUUCGAGAUCGAAAUCGAACAUCUGCGUUUGGAAAGCACUGGUGUAGCACUCGAUGCUGUGGCAUAA